UCCCUUUUUUAAAUAAAACGGUCAAUCGCCUGUUUUGCGCGUUGGCUGUGGCUUCGGUUCAAGGUGCGAUUUGCUUCCGUCUCUUGCACACACCUACAAGGCAACGUCAACUCGACUUAGACUACAUACAACAAGACCUUCGUUUCCUGUCAACCACGGACGAGUUAAACGAGAUUCUUCUUUGGAUAGAACCUCGCGCCAGAAUUUUGCAAAGUCUAUCGGUCGAAGACGUACACACGACAUUUCCGCCUUUGUAAUCCUUAAUCGCACACGCGCGCGCGCAGAAGCAAUGUCGUCCCAGAUCGAGUACAAUCAGAUGCCAAGAGAGCCUGCGCCAGCCGUGCUCUCGGAGCACAAGAUCAGCUCUCAGCAACCUGUAUGUUCGCUCCCCUUCAGCCAUCUCCAUACUUACCAUGUUGGAUUUUGGGCUUCCCCUCUUCUCUGGUGAUUGUCGGUGUCGCAUCGAUUCGAAUCAGCCAAACCUCGCAAAAGGAACAAGACCUCUCCCAAAACCCGAGCUAACCGAAGACUUCGAAUUCUAUUAGGGCCCGAAUCAGCCGAUGACGAUGGAUCAAUCAGCGAACCUGCGAGGCGGCGGCGAUGGCGGAGCUGUCUGCUGCGGUCUCUGCGCCGGUCUUUGCUGCUACGAAUGCUGCGAGUGCUGUUGCUGCUGCUGUUAAGUCGGACCGCAACGUCACAACGUCCAUGGCACUUUGGAGUGUCGUUUCCACAGAGGUACACAUCCGGACCAUGGUCAAAGUAGUGGACGUUCCGCGCGUCGUUUUUCCCGCUUUCCGUAUAGACCGAAUAUCGUUUCGAGAUGGGAGGGUGUAUCGUAGACCGACCAAGAUCUGAACUACCCUCGUUGGAAAUUCACGAGAGUUCGAUAUCAGAGGGGUGGCUCGUAACGAAGGAGUGAUUGAAUAGGCG